AUGGCUAUCGCGACCUUCGCUAUUGACGAGGCUUACCUCGUUGGAGACUGGCUGGAGUCGUUCAUGUGGGGGGUGUAUACGAUAAUGUUUUCAAUGACCAUGUACACCAUCUACCAGAAACGGCGAGAGGGCGUCAACAAGUUUACAACGACCACACUAAUUCUCCUAUACGUUCUCGCCACUGGGCACAUUUCGCUCUCCUUGACGCGCCUCAUCCAAGGCUUCAUCAAGCUCCGCAAUGUGAUGGAUCCGGUGGAAUACUUCGCAAGCAUCUUUAUCCGGUUGAACAUGGCCAAGGACUACCUGUACAUCACCAACCUGUUCCUGGGAGACCUCAUCAUUGUCUGGCGGCUCUACGUGGUGUACGGCAAGAACGUGUACAUCGCCGCUCUCCCGGUACUCAUGUGUCUCGGAGAGCUCGCGGUUGGCUAUGCGUCCAUCUCGUCGUGGCUAGCCCCCAAGCAGAAUUUCACCGUGAUGAGUCGCCUCGGGUCGGCCAUGUUCAUCAUGUCGCUCGUCGUCAACAUCCUCCUGACACUCAUCAUUGUCGCGCGUAUCUGGGUUGUGACUAGGCGUUCCCGGAAGGCUCUCGGCGUGUCUGGCGGGCAGUACACGCGCGUCCUGCUGCUGCUCAUCGAGUCAGGCGCGUUCGUUGCGGCCGCGAAGCUGACAGAGUUCAUCCUGUACGAGCUUGCGCCCGUCGACGGCCUCGAGGGCAUGAACGCAAUCGAGGUCGUCUUCGAGUGCAUGCCCCAGAUCACAGGUCUCGCGCCGACGUGUAUCAUCUUCGCGAUCAACAAGGGGUACACGAAGCCGGACAGCGACUACUCCGCGAAGCCGAAGUCGUCUAUGGUGUUUUACUCGCCCGAUGGGACAGCCGCGGCGCGUGGCACGGAGACGUCGGUGUUCAUGUCUGGCGGUGCCGGGGGCAGUACGACGUUCGUGAAGCAGUACGGCAGCGAGAAGGGUUCCGAGGAGAAGCUCAAGGAGUCGCCGACGGCGUCGAUGGUUUGAUAUCUCUGGACGUCUGCCAAAGACGGUUUUGUUCUGAGGACAACUUGUGGCUUAUGAGUGGAGUAGAUUAUGCAGUGUGGCGUGACGGUAGUCGGUAGGCGGUCGUCGAUGGUCAGCUACCCUCUCUGUCCCGAGGAGUGUAUUGUAAAAUAUAUAUAUCAACUUAUG